CUUCAUUUUGUUUGUGUACGUGCAUUUUUCGAAUAGUGUAACAAGUAUAAAACAUCAACAAAACACCUUGGCUAUUCGAGAGGCAUAGCUCGGAAACUUUUCCUGCUGUGAAAUAAGAAUUCGACACCGUGGUUUCCGAAAGUUGGCCUGCUGCGCGAAUACGGCCACUUGUUGGGAGAAAGUCGGAGGAAAGUGAAGAAGUUUCCAGGGCUUUGACCGGAAGUCGGUUAAAUUAUCCUGUGACAUAACAACGCAGGAAAGACAGAAGAUGAUCCUUCGGCGGUUGUGGGCCUUCUCCCUGGCUCUGCUGCCCGUGGUGUCCGCCAUGAGUUUGAUCGACACACCGACAACGCUCGAAUGCCACCGGCGAGAAUACAUCUUCCGAGCAACGCGCACCGACGACAAGGGCAACCGAUGCUGGGGAGACAUCACCGCCAUGUCCUGUUGGGGUCGGUGCGACUCUGGAGAGAUCGCAGACUGGCGGUUUCCUUACAAGAAAUCGUUCCACCCCGUGUGCACGUACGAUUCCCGGAGACUGGUGAGGACGGAGCUCGAUAACUGCGACCCCGAAGUGGAGGAAGACGAUCACCUACGGGUGUACGAAUACUACGAGGCCCUCAGCUGUUCCUGUCAGACGUGCGAUUCGACCUGGACCAGCUGUGAAGGAUUCAGACACCCAUAGAGAAGUUUCCCAUAGUGCUAACACACAGCCAUUCACCAAGAAAAAGAAAAAAAAAGUCGAUUGAUGCUACGUUGUUAUAUACACGCGGAGCUUUUAUGGGAGCUUCUCCUAAUAAGACGGAGAGGUUAUAGGGGAAUGAGCAGAGCGGAGUUAGAGAUUGUGUUGCAAUGCCGAGAAAAUGCUUUCGUUUUCAAAUAACGCGAAGACAAUAAUUGCGUCUGCUUAAAACAGCUUGUUUUGUAAAUGAUUUUGCAUUGGGACAAUGAAGGUCGUGUUAUUGUAUGUGGCGUGGAUGAAACGUAAGGAGCAAGAUUAAAAAAAGUGUAACUGAUUCAUUGAUUGAUUUGUAUGAGAAAAAAAAAAGGAGAUGUUAGUCCCAUUAAGCUACUAGGGACUGGCUACUCCAGGGCGCGUUAUUUAGGGCUCAAUAUAUGAAAAAAAAAUGAAGAGAAAGAAGGGUGGGGGAAAAAGAAGAAAAAGAAAACUAUAUACAAAUCUAUACAUUUUGUAAGGCACACAUGCGAAGACGCGAGUGGGAAAAACUCAAUGCACGAAAAACAGGCACACAAAGAGAGUCACAGAGUGUCGAAGAGUGAAGACCAUGCAUGGACCUUCGUUGUUCAUUUCGAAACGCACUUCAACGCGGCAAAAUUUGGUUACUCUAUUUUCUCGUUCUGUGUAGCUUAAAAAGUGGAAACAAUUUUUUUCCACAGCGGCAAAAAAGAAGAAGAAAACACGCAAGCGAGACAGUAACAAUGAAAUUGCAUGGGUACAUGUAUCACCUGUUGUGUUGCUGCCAGUGAUGGGAAAUACUUGAAGUAUGAAGUAGACAAGCACAACU